CAGAAGAACAUUUCUCUCUCCCAUGUGUCUGUGUGUCCAUCCUCUGUCUCUGCACCUCCUGUCUGCUCCAUCAUGGAGAUUGCUAUGCUGGGACUGCUCCUCCUAGCUGUAACCUGUUCGCAUCUGGUCUCAGGAGGCAUGGAUUCCUGCUACGAUGACCAGGGGUCCCCGAGUCGCUGCAUGCCCAAGUUUGAAAAUGCGGCCUUCAACAAGACUGUGCUAGCCUCCAAUGUGUGCGGCCUGCCCACUGAGGACUACUGCAUGCAGGCCGGAUCCACUCGCUCCUGCCACCAGUGCGAUGCUGUCGACCCCCGGCGGCACCACAAUGUCACCUUCCUAACCGACUUCCACACCGACGAAGAGCCCACCUGGUGGCAGAGUCAGUCCAUGUUUUACGGGGUGCAGUACCCAAACUCUGUCAACCUCACCCUGCACUUGGGGAAGGCCUUCGAGAUCACAUACAUUCGGCUGAAGUUCCACACCAGUCGCCCAGAGAGCUUUGCUAUUUACAAGCGCUUGAAGGAGGGGGGACCCUGGCUUCCCUACCAGUACUAUAGCGCCUCCUGUCAGAAGACGUACAGGAGAGAUGCCAAGGGUUACAUUCGCCCUGGUGAUGACGAGAGGAUGGCCCUUUGCACAGAUGAGUUCAGCGACAUCUCUCCACUGACUGGCGGAAACGUGGCAUUCUCCACCCUUGAAGGACGGCCCAGUGCCUACAACUUCGACCAGAGUCCAGUGCUUCAGGAGUGGGUGACAGCCACGGACCUGCUCAUCUCCUUAGACAGACUCAACACGUUUGGAGACGAGUUCUUCAAGGACGCUAAGGUCUUGCGUUCCUAUUUCUACGCCAUCUCUGAUUUUUCUGUGGGCGGCAGGUGCAAAUGCAAUGGCCAUGCGAGUGAGUGUGUCCAGGGGGAAGGAGGGGAGCUGGUCUGUGCAUGCCAGCACCACACUACCGGCGCAGACUGCCAGCAAUGUCAGCCCUUUUACCAGGACAGGCCAUGGGCACGGGCCACCGCUGACUCAGCCAACGAGUGCCAACCAUGUAACUGCAGUGGCCGGGCAGAUGAGUGUGUGUUUGACACUGAGCUGUAUCGAAGUACGGGCAGCGGGGGGCGCUGUGUGAACUGCAGGGACAACACAGAUGGACCACACUGCGAGUUCUGCAGGGACAACUUCUACCGAAGCUCACCGUCAGAUGUCUGUCUGCCCUGCAACUGCAGCGCACUGGGGUCGUUGAGCUUGCAGUGCGAGAGCGACGGUGUGUGCCACUGCCGACAGAGUGUGACCGGGGAGAAAUGUGACAACUGCCAGCCCGGAUUCCACUCACUGGGGCCUGCCGGCUGCAGGCCCUGUGAGUGUCACCCCUCUGGCAGCGUGGGUGCCUGCUGCCCCCUGGACGGACAGUGUCACUGCAAGGCCAACGUGGAGGGAUAUGCGUGUGACAGGUGCAAGCCCGGCUCCUUUAACCUGGCAUCUGACAACCCGCGGGGCUGUGAGAGCUGCUUCUGUUUUGGGCACUCCGUGGCCUGCUCCUCCUCCUCCGGGCACUCGGCAAUCACCAUCGCCUCCGACUUUACCGAAGAUCCAGACGGCUGGACAGGGGAGUUCUCUGGGGGGUUGGAGGUCCCUCUAAUUUGGAAAGAAGGGGAGGUGUACCUACUGCCCUACAGUGAGGACGACAUUGGCUUCUACAAAGCCCCAGAGAAGUUUUUGGGGUACCAGCUGCUCAGUUACGGCCGCACCCUCUCAGUCACCUUCGUGGCGGAGAGCCAGGAGCUCCUGCCACAACAAGUGAACGUGGUCCUGAAAGGACCUCGUACCUCCGUCUCUGUUGACCUGUCCCCUGAACCCAGCCCUCAGUCUGAACAUACUUCCAGAAGUACUUUCACAUUCAGGCUCCAUGAGGAAGCACUGAGGCCUCCCCUGUCUGCGCGGGAGUUCCGGAGUCUCCUCCUCAACCUCACCGCCUUGAAGAUUGGCAAUGCGGGCGGACACAACUACACCUCUCAGCUGUCGGUGGUCACUCUGGAGUCAGCAGCCAUCACCCCCGGCCCCUACCCCCCUGCUCCAUGGGUGGAGGAGUGCGCCUGCCCACCGGGGUUCACGGGACAGUUCUGCGAGAGCUGUGCCCCGGGGUACACCAGAGAAGUCCCCAACGGUGGCCCGUUCACACGCUGUGUGCCCUGCACCUGCAACCAGCAUGGCGACUGUCAUCCAGAAACAGGUGUGUGCCACUGCACAGGAUUCACCACCGGACCUGCCUGCGAGCGCUGCUUGGAUGGUUACUAUGGAAACGCCUUGACGGGCAGCUCCGGCGACUGCCGGCCCUGUCCCUGCCCGGAACGGACCGGCUGUGCCAAGGUGCCGGGGACGGGGGAGGUGGUCUGCACCAACUGCCCACACGGUCGGAGGGGUACAAGGUGCGAGAUCUGUGACGACGGUUUCUACGGUGACCCCUCGGGCUGGUCUGGCGCGGCCAGGCCCUGCCGGCCCUGCGACUGCAGCGGUAAUGUGGACCCCAACGCCGUUGGUGUGUGCGACCACCUUACGGGCCGAUGCCUCAAGUGCCUCCACCACACCGACGGUGACCGCUGCCAGCGCUGCCAGCGGGGUUACUAUGGCAACGCACUGGACACCAACGCCGACAAGUGCAAACCGUGCAGCUGCGAUCCCAGAGGCACCGCUGGGCCAUUGGAGGACUGCCACCCCGAGACGGGCCAGUGUCUCUGCCUAGGUCACGUGACCGGGCGGGACUGCAGCCACUGCGCGAUUGGCUACUUCAGCCUGAGCCCCGGCCAGGGGUGCGAGAGAUGUAACUGCAAUCCAACUGGCUCAUCCUCCCCAGCCUGUCACCCAAUCACGGGGCAAUGCGUGUGCCGCCCAGGAGUGGAGGGGCCUUCGUGUGACUCCUGCCGAGAAGGCUUUUUUGGGUUCUCUUCCAGCGGCUGCAAAGCAUGUAACUGUGACCCCAUGGGCUCAGUCACCAUGCGCUGCCAUGCCAAUGGGACGUGCACCUGCCGAGAGGGGUUUGUGGGGUACAAGUGCGACAAGUGUGAACUCAACUACUUCCACAACAGAGCCACGCACCAGUGCGAGGAGUGCCCUGUUUGCUACAGCCUUGUGAGAGACCAGGCCCACCGGCUGAGGCUGAGCCUGCACAGCCUAGAGAAGCUGCUGGAGCGCUACAGCUGCAGGGGCCGGCGUGGGAGCCAGCAGCGCUCUCUGCAGGGGGAGGACACCCUGCCCAACGCGCUAGAGGAGUUCCUGGCCAUCCAAGAGGCACGAGAGGCCUUCAUCAGCCAGUUCACGCAUCUGGAAGCGUCUGCGCAGACAGUGCAUGUCCAGCUGCGCAGCAUUGCUGCAGCAAUGAACUGCAGCAGAGAGGAGGUGGAGACAGAGGAGGGGGAGGGGCAGAGGAGGGUGUGUAGGGCCCUCGCAGACCCUGCCUCUGCGGUGGGCGCAGCCCUGGUGCACCUGAGCCAGGCGGUUCACACCCUGGGCAGCAUGGUAAUUCCCUUUGAAGUUCCCACGGCGCCAAACCAAUGGACCGCGCUGGCAAACGAGUCCCGGGCCCUGGGGAAAAGUCACGAGGAAGCGGCCAGUCGCAUCGACUCAAUGGCAAAGAAGGCUUUGAUCGCAUCAAACCAGACAUACUCUCUUCUGAUGGCCCUUCUGGAGGAUAAUUCCACCGAGCGGCACAUUAGCAGCCUAACAGAGCAAUUUCUGGAAAUGCAUCAGGCAAAAGAGAACCUGACAGCCGAAGUGAAUGAGAGUCUGUCCGAGGCCAUUGCGGCGUACAGCUUCAUUCGGGAGGAGUCUGCCGAGAUUGCCAAUGCCUUGGUCAAUUUCACCUCCUCCAUGCAGCAGCUGACAAACCAUUCUGACCCCGGCCUUGUCCAGGGACAGACAGAGGACCUGGUCAACAGGACAGGGGAGUUAGACCUGCUGGUUCGGUCAAAGGAUGAGCUGGUUAUUAAGAUUCAAGAGGAGCUGAGACCUCAGGUGGAGAGUGCGGAGAAGCACAUGGAAACAAUCCAGAUGUAUGACCAGCUGGCAGCCGGACUACACCAGACCAAGGCUGCCUCCCUUUCUUCCGUAGUGAAAGGGAAGGAGAUCGAGUCUGAAUCCUCGGCCCUGAUGAAAGAAUUGGAAAACAUGAAGAACGAGUGGCCCCGCAAAUUUGCUCAGACCAAAGCUGCCACAAAGAAGAGCAGAAUGGUGGAAGAGAGGAUUCUGGGAGAUGCCAGGAAAAAGACCAAGCAGGGGGAGAGGAUGGUCAAACCUGCACAGGACAACUCCACCCUGUCCAACACCACGGCUGCCCAGGCAGAGACCCUCGCCAACACCGUCUCCAAAGAAGCAAAGGAUAUACAUUCCCAAGCAAAGUCAGCCAAGAGUGCAUCUGCCCAGCUGAGCUCCUCUGUGGACACAGUGCUGCAGCAGCUGGAAGAGCAGGAGCACAAAGCUGCUCAGAUGAUAAUGGAAGACGUCCAUGAUACUGAAGAGUUGGUGGGCGACAUGACAAAGAACAUUGAGACAGCGAAACUCAAGCUGGAGGCCUACUCCAUGACACUGACAGAACUGCUGAGCAAAAUUGAAGGGAACAUGGCCAUCGAGAGGUUCGAUAAGAUCCUGAAUGAGACAGAGCUGUGGCUGGGCUUCCUGCGGCGGAGUGUGGAGAGCCCGGCUCUGAGCAGGAAGAUCCAGGCCCUCCGGGACACAGCGCUGGACCAGGAGUCGCAGCUGCAGCAGGUGGAGCGAGACAUCCAGGAGAUCUCUGAGGAGAGGCGCAGCCUGCAGGACAUCGCGCUGCACCUGCCCCAGGGCUGCACAGGGGGGUCGAAGGCAGGGGCGCAGUGAUUGGGCCUCCAAGCGGGUGGCUCCGGGUGACCUCUGACCUUCACUUUUUUUUUCUGCUGUUGAGAGAAGCAGGGGGCAGGUCACCUCUCCUUCCUGUUGAAUUUACCCUGAGGUUACUUCCCUACAGGAACAGGGAGAGAGUAGACAUACACUGAGACUUUUGUCCCAUGGGACUCUCUGCAUUCUCGCCUCUCCCACUCUGAGGACAGACACAGGGAGAGGAAAUUUUAUAGGACACUGACUGUUUCUAUGGAUGUGCUUCCUUUAUUGUAUUCCUUUUAAUGGUUUUACACUGAUGUUUGAUUACUUCAAGAAUCAUUAGAAUACUUCUUUAAAGCUUGAGACUUCAACACAUUUAGUCAAGUUAAAAUAAUGUUGAUUUGGGAGGGGGAUUAGCGGAACACUUUCACGUCUGACAGAUUAAUUUAGGACUGAGCCAUUUCUAAUCAGCACAGUUUAAUUAAAAAUGAAGCCUUUACCCUCUAUAUGGUCCCUGCUUGAGUACAGCCACUCACUUUGGAUUCUGUGUUCCUCUUUCCAGUUUUGAAGUCCUUCAUUCAAUUAUCUGCUGUGUAAAAGAAGAAAUGCGCGCCAACUCCUGCCAAAGUGUCAGUGAAGUUUAAUAGAAGAAAUAGCUGCUGAAUAAUGGAAUUGUUUCGAUUUGUCCAUUCUGUCAUAUGAAAUGAAAGCCCCCUAGUGACCUUGUUCAAUCUCACAUAGUAAUGGAAUUUUUUGGAUGAGUCUGAUUUAAUUAAUGUUCAGUGCUUUUUGAGGAGUACUUUAGAAAUGCUUAGCACAGGAAAAGGAGGGGGUGAAGAUAUUUUAAAUUGAUGUGACUUGGCCAGGAGUGCUUCUUUGCCAAAAAGUAGUUUUAAUCCCUUUUACUACUGGUUCUCUGGUUUUGGUCAGAAUGAGUCAUGUAUUACCCACUCUGUCCACAAGGUGGUACUGUUUAUUUCUGGGGAAAGAGGCGAAUGAAUUCGCAUCUAAAGAAUUGAAGUUAAUCAGUUCUCAAAUCUGAACCCUGGAGUCAAUAUUGCUAUUAUGGACAAAAAAAACAUUGACAUAUUAAACAGGUUUUUGUACAUUUAUAUGUGUUAUUAAAUGAGAAAUGAUAUUGCAUGAAGGGUUCAUCUUAUCCCUUUAAAGGGAAGAAGUAAACAGUAGCAGUCAUUGAUUAUGGUAUGCAUUUAAAAAAAAAUGUCAUGGGCAGUUACCUUGUGGAAAAUUACCUUGUGAUUGUGUCAGGAUGGUUUUCAAAAUAAUUACAGUUAAGUUACUUUAAUAUGGCAUUGCACAAAAGUAAUGAAUCCAACACUUGUUUAUUUACAUUUAAGAGAAACAUGGGUUUGGCCCAUCAUUUUUUCUACCUGCAUUGAUGUCAGUGUGUGUAAUAGCGCUCUGUGGAAAGAACACUAAGAAUAUCAAUUAAAUCAGUUGGUGUCUCGACCUGUGUGUGAAAGUUAGUAAUCUUAAGUGAGCAGGUGCUGCAACACUCAUCAAUUCUUCUGUGCCCCUGCGGAGUCACCUGACCCCUCAGAAAGGAAGGCUGAAUUUAUGCUUUGAUAUUUCAUACAAUGUCUGUUAGUUUUGUAUUCACAAUAUUGUGAUUAAAUACAUGUCUGGCCACAGGCCAGUCUUCCUCACAGUGCAAACAAGGUGACUGUUAUAAAGUGCUUCAUGCA